AUGCCCCCUCCCCUUCCCCCCCCAACCCAUCGUCACCCGCCGACCCCCCUCCAACCCCUUCCUCAAUCUCCUCCUCCCUGCCCCCCUCUCUCCUCCCCUGCCGUGCACACAGCACAGCAUGUGGAGGUGGAGCUGUAUGAGCUGGGCGAGGCGUACCGCGACGAGUACCUGGCGGCGCUGGGCGUGCUGCAGGGCGGGCUAGCAGGGCUUGUGCAGGCCACCUACCGCCGGCUGGGACUGCGCACCUACUUCACUGCGAGGGAGAAGGUGAGGGGGAGGGGGGGUGAAAGAGGGGGAGAGAUGAGGGAGGAGGGUUGCACUGCAAGGGGCAAUGGACACGGAGUUGCGAGGGGUGGAGACGAGGGCGUGGACAAUCCGCGCGGGCAUGAUGGCACUGCACGCGGCGGGUGGGCGUGCAUGUGGAUAUCAUAUGAUGACUUUGUGGCGAGUGGGUCGUACACGGCUGCCAAGGAGAAAGGCCUCGUGAGUCAACUCAACUGA